AUGCCGCGCGCCGAGGGUGACCCGCCGCUCGACGCCUCGCAGGUUGUCCCGAACAUAAUACCCGACGAGCCCGCGGGGAAGGCGGGUCGCGACGUGUCGUCCGCCGCCGCGUCGACGUCGAAGCGCGAGAGCGAUAAUGCGAAAGUUGCGGACACCGACGAGUGCGCGAAGCCGGAGUCGGUGGGGAAGCGCAUGAAGUCCGCGUUCAAGAAGAUGUCCAAGGGCGAAAAAGCCGCGACGAUCAUCCUCUCGAUACCUUUCCUCCCGUUCCUCGCCGCAGUCGCACCCAUCGUCGCGUGCGUCGCGUGCACGGAGACGGACAACACGCAGUACUACGUCGACUUGACGCCGGAGGAGAGGGCGCAGAACGACGAGGUGCAGCUCGGCGCGAUCCCGUUCACGAAGACGGGCGAGAGACGACGAAAAGAUGCAAACGUCGGCGCCAAGGGGCUCGGCCGGAGACGGACGCCGCGGCGCAAGUCCGGGUCGCUCCCGUCCCCGGCCGCGAACGAGGUGUGGGAGGCGUCGAAGCGCGACGGGAGCGGGAGCAACACGCCGAGGAGCUCGCGGGACGUGUCGUACCGCGACGGCGCGAGCGGGAGCCGGCCGAGGAGCCGCGAGGGGAGCCUGAGGGGGGGGUCGGGCAUCUUAAAAAACGGAGCGACCAACUCCCCGAUCGCGGCGAGCGCGGCGAAUCCUCUCGCGACGCUGCCGCUCCAGCGCGACGAGACGCCGGCGAAGAAGUCUUUGUUCGCCGGCGAGAGCGCGGCGGAGGAUGAUGCGCGCGCGAGGGGAGACGCGUCGAGCUAG